AUGGCAAUUGCGUCUCUUCUCUUCUUCUCUCUUUCCCUGCGCGGACUCGUCCAAGUCAUCAGCGGGCAGCAGCAGGAGGGGCGGCCCGAGCCGGCGCACGCCGCGAGCCCCUGGCGUCACCGCAUCCAGUGGGAGAACAACGGCCACAUCCACAGUCUCGUGAGCACCGGCUCCGAGUUCCAGGCUCCGGCGCGCGUCUACGUCAGCAGCCGGAGCAGGGGGCGGAGCCAAGCCGGCGCCCCAGGAGCGCGUCGGGCGAGCCCGGCGGCGCCACCGUCCCGGAGGGAUCCGUUCGGGUGGGCCGACGGUCUCACCGUGGGCGGUUCGGUGCCGCGCGGACGUGAGGAAGAAGCGACUGCCUUCAGGCGCCCGGCAGAGGGGGAGCCGGGGCCCCCCGCGAUGUUCCACCAGGUGGAGGAGAACGCUUCGGACCAAGCGCAGGGCAUGUUUAACGACGACGACACGCUGCAGUCGCCCCACGGCAAUUCGGUGUUGUACAACAUGUACCCGCCCGGGGGGCGAGCAGGGGCCCACGCGCGACCACCUCCGGACGCGGGAUACGGGACAAGAUUCUUCCAAAACGGGCUUCCUGACCUUGUACCAGACCCGUACGCCGUCCAAGCGGGUACUUACGUCCAGCGCAUGCAGAUGUUCGCGUUGCGAUGUGCAGCGGAGGAGGACUGUCUGGCCAGGUCUGCCUACGGACCCUCGGUGCGAGACAUCGACUUCCGGGUGCUCCUACGCUUCCCGCAGAAGGUGAAGAACCAGGGCACGGCCGACUUCCUUCCUGUCAAGCCCAGGCACCAGUGGGACUGGCACAGCUGUCACCAGCAUUACCACAGCAUGGAGGCCUUCAGCAACUACGACCUUCUGGACGCCGUCACCGGCCGCAAAGUGGCUGAGGGACACAAGGCCAGUUUCUGCCUGGAGGACACGGGCUGUGACACUGGGUUCCGGCGGCGCUACGCCUGCACAGCCCACACACAGGGACUGAGCCCGGGCUGUCACGACCUUUACGCCGCCAACAUCGACUGCCAGUGGAUCGAUAUCACCGACGUCGCGCCAGGAAACUACAUUUUGAAGAUCACCGUCAACCCCAACUUUCACGUGCUGGAGUCAGACUUCACCAAUAACAUUGUGAGAUGCGACGUCACGUACACGGGAGUUUACGUUCAGACGCGCAAUUGUCGAGUAACAAGGGGCUGAAGAUUCAUGAAAUUUCAACAGCAACUCCUGACAUGGGAUUUUUUUCAUUUCAUUCUUUGGGUCAUUCCAGCUCAAGAGGUCGCAUUCAUUAUAGUUUAUUAUUAUUAUUGUUUUUUUAUUAUUGCUUGACUGAUGUAUUCUGUGGUGUUACAUGUUAUUUCUUCCCUUCCAAAGAUAAUAAUAUAUUGAAUUUGAUGCAUUUUUGUGAAGUAAAUUUUAUAAGGGACUAUUUUCUGCUGGAGAAUUUGGUGCAUUUUGGGCAUGGGAAAAAAUAACUAAAUAAAUAAAUCAAAGUAACAUUAACAUACUAGUUUUUACGAAGGACUGUUAGGCCAUUCUGAAAAUAACAUAAAAUACACUACAUCGAUAUAGGGCUUUUAUCUUGAAAAUAUAUGAUUUUAUGCUUGCAAAAUUUCGACUUUAAUAUCUAUAAUAUACAACCUUUGUCUAAAUCAUAUUCAACUUUCUUCCGGCAGGAUGACAACUGAUUUUGAAAACAAUUUUUUUGAAAAUAUAAAAAUGUAAUCUAGUAAUAUUACAUAUUAUAUAUGUUUUAAAUGUUUUUAUUCUCGUUACAUUAAGACUACUUAUCUUGAAAAUAAAUUAAUUAUUUUGCAAAAAUAAACAACUUUAUUUCCACAAUAUUAAAUGAUUAGAAAAUAUACAACUUUUUAUCUUGAAAAUAUACACGUUUUUUUUCUUGAAAAUAUCUAUUUUUUCUGAAAUAUACAAUUUAAUACUGGUAGAAUUGUGGGGUUUUUGCUUGAGAAGACAACUUUAUUCAAAUGAUAUUAUGACUUAAAUCUCGAAAUCGUAAAAAAAUACUUCUUGUAAAAUUACAAUUUUAAUAUUGAAAAUAUGACUUUAAUCUAAAAAAAAAUAAAAGUUUAUUCCUGCAGGAUUCUGACUUUAAUCUUGAAAAUAUGCAUU